UUUCUGAAACAUUAUGUGUAUUCUUGUCUAAUGCAUACGUAAUAUGUUCCGGACAAUACGUUUAACUUCGAACAGCCUGCAUCAGAUUGGCCACGUGUAGAGAAUAACUUUGUCUUGGGGAAGUGACCCACUUUACUACACUUCCCCAAAACACGCUGCCUCGUGACUCAACCCUGGGGUUUUGCAGUACAGGAACAUGCCCCAAUCACCAACUGCUAAAUUGGCCCACACCCCUCCGGAUGGGGGUUGGGGGUGGAUGGUGGUUUCCGGGUCCUUUAUUUCAAUUGGCUUCUCCUACUCGUUCUCCAAAGCCCUCACUGUAUUCUUCAAAGACAUCCAACGAGAUUUUGACGUCAGCUACAGCGAAAUUGCAUGGGUCGCCUCCAUCAUGCUUGCUACCAUGUACGCUGGCGGACCCUUGAGCGGUAUGCUGGUGAACCGUUUCGGGAGUCGCCCAGUAACCAUAGCGGGUGGAUUAAUGUGUGGGCUGUCGAUGGUGGCUGCCUCUUUUGGAAAUUCCAUCAUCAGCCUCUACAUUUGCAUUGGUCUAAUUGGAGGUCUCGGACUCUCCCUCAACCUAAACGCUUCUCUGACCAUCAUCAGCAAGUACUUCCUGGUGAGACGGCCUUUAGCCAACGGUUUGGCCAUGACGGGGAGUCCUGUGUUCCUGUGUUUCCUAGCCCCUCUUAACCAGUACUUCCUAUCCAACUUUGGUUGGAGGGGCAGCUUCCUCAUCCUGGGCGCUCUGAUGCUCCACUGCUGCGUGGCCGGGGCCCUUAUGAGGCCCCUCCCCUCGGCCCCCGUCCCAACCGUGGAGAACGGCUCUCCGGAAGGCCGAGAUGCAGGGACCCAAGGAACCAAGCUGCAAUCAAACUGUUGGAGCCGUGUUAAGAUCGUGGACUUGUCCCUCUUCAGAGACCCAGGCUUCGUCAUCUACCUCAUCGGGAACUCCAUGUUCUUCUUCGGGGCGUACGCGCCCAUUGUCUUCCUGUCCUCCUACGCCGUCAGCCAGGGCGUGGACGAGUUCUCGGCCGCCACGCUGCUCUCCAUCAUGGGCUUCGUGGACAUGUUCACCCGGCCCGGCACGGGGCUGUUGGCCAACACCAAGUGGAUCAGGCCCCGCAUCCAGUACUUCCUGAGCUUCGCCAUGGUCUUCAACGGGACGUGCCAUCUCCUGUGCCCUCUGGCCACUAGUUACCCCAGCCUGGUGGUCUACGCGGCCUUCUUCGGCAUCGGCUUCGGCAUGGUGUUUGCUCUGAUAUUCGAGUGCUUGAUGGAUAUCAUGGGUCCCCUGCGCUUCCCCAAGGCGAUUGGGCUGGUCACCAUCAUAGAAUGCUGUCCCAUGCUUCUCGGACCGCCGACCGCAGGGGCUCUGGUAGACUACUAUGGUGACCACAGGUAUCUCUUCAUCAUGUGCGGAGCGGUGAUUUUGACCGGCGGGCUCUUCCUCUUCGUCAUGAACGUGUACAACUACCACCGGAUAGACAAGAAGGGGAAGGCCAAGGACCAGGAGCUGCAAGGGGACGACGUCCCGCAGCAGGAACGGGCCUUGGAGCACAUGCCCGAGGAGGGUCCCCAGGCCCCUGGGCCAGGGGGGGAUGAGACGGGGCCUGGGGCCACGGAGGAAGAUGGAGCCAUGGGGGAAGAUGGAGCCAUGGGGGAAGAUGGAGCCAUGGGGGAUCAUGUCAGGAGAAGUGCUGAUGACUCGAGGAAGAGGAGCCAAGAGUUUCAUUCUAUUACUAUUUAGUUACAUGAGGUCUCUUUUUAGUUAACUUCUACAUGUCUGUAGAAGUUGUGGCCAGAGUUUCUUUAGUUUUUGCAGUAUUUUUAUUUUACUUUUUAUAAGUAAGAACGAUGCAUUGUUGUGUUUUGGUAUACUUUACUUGAAACAUACAUUCUGUUUUGCAAUGAUUUUUUAAUUGUUUAUUCUUUUUGAUGGAUUGCUGCACGAUUUGCGCAAUUUAUAAGUAAUGUGUGAAUGAAGGUUUAAAUUGUUCCUUAGACUUCAAUGAAUAUUUACAGCAGCGGUUCAGGUCUAAAUGACAUAAGGUGAAUGGAUGAUAAGUUGCUUCAUCUGAGCAAAAGGGUCUAGGACGGAUAGAACUACUGCAUUGUUCCACUAUUAAUAUUUUUUUAAUUAAAACAGGCAUUCACCAAUGAAGUGGAGACCUGUAAACCAUGCUCCUGUUUCUAAAAUGUUUUCCGAAGUGUAUUUAAAUAUCAAUAGGGUAUGUACUCUUGUUAAAGUAAAAAUGUUUCAGUACCAAAUUUAAUUAACGGUUACUUUUAAUGUAAAAGCAUUUCAUGUUGAAUGUAUGACCUUCUGAAUGAUUGAUUUAAUUUAUUUUAAUGAAAUUUGAAAGCAUUUUAUUUGCCAGGGUUCUAUUUAUAAUAGUGAAAUUCCCUUAAAAUGUAUUUUCACCAAAAACACUAGGUUUAAUCCAUUUCCCUACUCUUGACUGAGAAGGUCUUGCAUGUCGAGUUUUAAAUGUGUUAUUGUUUACAUUGAUCUAAUUUGACUUUGUUACAGAGCGUUUACUUACUUUACAUUCCUUACUUAAUGUUCCGCCCAUACAUACAGUAUGCCCCAAUGUGUUCGUUUAUAGGAUGCAAGGUGCUUCUGAUCUGAACUGUGGUGGCAGAGCUAGUGCUGGAGUCGGGGUGUACGACACACCGUCAUUGAGCCAAUCAUACAAGACUGUAUAAUAAUAUCUUGUAUGUACCAACUAUGCUGGUUUCCCCCCUCAUGCUUCCCCUUUGACAUUACCUUUCCACACACAUGGUCACUUUUUUUUUUUUUUUACAGAUAUGGUUCUUGCUGAUUUUAGGAGAGUUGGAGAGUUUAUCUGGGUUAUGCACUCAAAUUUGAAUUGAUGCCAGCAUAUGCUACUGAAGAUUUCUCACAAGAUAAAUAUUCAUCAGUUUUUUCUUUCUUUCAUAUGUGACAUUUUGUGAUUUACAAAUUCCUAAUUUAUGAUAAAUAAAGGGGAUGAACCACAAACAGCGA